ACUCCGACUGGCUCCUUGCUUCGGAGGUUGCUUCCUCGCGUAGGCAAGCAGACAAGAAAAGCAUCACUCAUUCACUGUUGAUCCUUUUUUCUCAAGUUUUGUCUUUAUAAUAAUACCCUCUGGGAGAUUUCAUUCCAUUGCAUUGCUAACUCACUAUUGUUAUUCUUGUCUCUACAUUCUCUCUAUUUUCUGAAGCGAUCAUCCUGCUCUUCAUACCUCAGUCAGCUGACGAGUGAUGAUGGAGCCUGUUAGCGUGGAUAUAGACACAACCCAACAGCUCCCUGCUGAUCCUCUCCCAUUUGCUAGAAGUUAUCAAUUGGAGGCUUUGGAGCAGGCGCUAAAGCAGAACACAAUUGUCUUUUUGGAGACUGGUUCUGGCAAGACUUUGAUUGCCACCAUGCUACUGCGCAGUUACGCCCAUCUUCUUCGCAAGCCUUCACGUUUUAUUGCUGUUUUCCUGGUUCCUGAAGUUUUCCUGGUUCGCCAACAAGCUGGAGUUGUGAGAAUGCAUACCGACUUGAAUGUGGGCAUGUACUGGGGAGACAUGGGAAUUGACUUCUCGCAUGCUGCUACAUGGAAGCAGGAAAUAGACAAACAUGAGGUGCUUGUUAUGACACAUCAAAUUUUGCUGAACGGCUUGAGGCAGGGCUAUUUCAAGCUAGACUUCAUAAAGGUGUUGAUAUUUGAUGAAUGUCAUCAUGCCAGGGGCAAUCACCCUUAUGCAUGCAUCAUGACGGAGUUCUUUCAUCGUGAGUUAAGGUCUGGUCACCAUGAUCUUCCUAGGAUUUUUGGGAUGACAGCUUCUCUCAUAAAGUCAAAGGGUGCAAACUCAGAAUCAUACUACAGGCAGCAGAUUUGUGAACUGGAGAAUAUUAUGAAUUCAAAGGUAUACACCUGUGCUAGUGAGACUGUGCUUGCCGAAUUUAUACCAUCCCCAGCCGCAGAAUUCUUAUUUUAUGAGCCCAUGAAGAUCCCUGAUGGUAUAUAUGCUUGCUUGGAAGAAGAAUUGGGGAAUUUAAAGGCAAAGCAUGAAUUAUUGCUCAAGCAAUUGGAUCUCAGUGAGUCUGCUGCAGAAUCUGUACACAGUAAAAUAUCAAAAGUACAUUCAGCUUUGAUGUUUUGUUCAGGGGAACUUGGUGUUUGGUUGGCUUUUCAGGCUGCACGGUUCUUAUCACACAGUGACACUGAUAGUGACUUUAUUGCAUGGGGUAAAGUAGACGUGUCUGGUGAGACAAUUGUUAAGAAGUUUUGCUGGGAUGCCUCUUUGGUGAUUUCUAAUUGCUUUUCAGCUGAAUGCUGUAUUGGUGAUAACACUGAGGCUGAUGUGGGCGCGGGGCUUAUAACUGCAAAAGUUCUCUGCCUUAUUAAGACACUUCUUCAGUACAGGGAUUUAAAGGACAUAAGAUGUAUAGUUUUUGUGGAAAGGGUCAUUACUGCCGUUGUCCUUGAAUCUCUAUUGAGGGAGUUGCUUCCUAAACAUAGCAGCUGGAAGACUAAAUACAUAGCAGGAAAUAAUUCAGGGUUGCAAUCCCAGACACGCCAAAUGCAAAAUGAAAUUGUGGAAGAAUUUCGUAAAGGCAUGGUGAACAUCAUUGUUGCAACAUCAAUCCUUGAGGAAGGAUUAGAUGUACAAAGUUGCAACUUGGUGAUUAGAUUUGAUCCUCCAUCCUCAGUCAGCAGUUUCAUACAGUCCCGAGGUCGUGCUAGGAUGCAGAAUUCAGACUACUUAUUAAUGGUGAAAACAGAGGAUUCGACCACACAUUCUCGACUAGAGAACUAUCUUUCUAGCAGUGAAAUAAUGAGAAGGGAGUCCCUGCGCCGCUCUUCCACUUCUUGUUCAGCUCCGCAGAGUGAACUGUAUGAAGAUGAGUUCUAUAGUGUUGAAGGCACAGGGGCAGUUGUAACUCUUAGUUCAAGCGUUAGUUUGAUUUACUUUUACUGCUCACGUCUUCCUUCUGAUGGGUAUUUUAAACCAGCUCCUAUAUGUAUUAUAGACAAGGAGAAGGAGACUUGCACACUACAUCUUCCAAAAAGCUCUCCUAUACAAAAUAUUUGUGUGCAGGGAAAUAAUAAAAAUCUGAAGCAGAAGGCAUGUCUUGAAGCUUGCAAGCAACUCCAUUUAAUUGGUGCUUUAACAGACAAUCUUGUUCCUGAUGUUGUUGAGGAAGAAGCUGUUGCUCAAGAAAUUAGGAAUGAACGGUAUGACGAUGAACAACCCAUUUAUUUGCCACCUGAGCUGGCCAGUCAAGGUCCACGGAACUUGAAGACAAAGUACUACUGCUACUUAAUUGAAUUAAAUCAGAAAUUUGAUUAUGGUGUUCCUGUCCAUGAUAUUGUGCUUGUCAUGAGGACUGAGCUUGAAUCUGAUGUCUUAAGUAGCAUGGGUUUUGAAUUAGAAGCUGAGAGGGGAUUAUUGGCAGUGAGCUUGAGGUAUAUUGGAGAUAUUUAUCUUGAUCAAGUGCCGGUUCUCUUAUGUAGGAGGUUUCAGAUUACGCUUUUCGAAGUUCUUAUACAUCGUGAAGUGAACAAAUUGGAAGAGGUCUUAAAAGGAUUGGAGUUAGGGACAGGUGUUGUGAUGGACUAUUUUCUACUUCCAGCUAUCAGGUCACGCUCGCAACCUUCCAUUGACUGGGAACCUAUUAGUUCUGUCCUGUUUUCAUAUAAAAACGAGGACCACUUCAACUGUUCUUCGAAGGGCAAUGCCCAUGUUGUCCAUACCAAAGGUGGUCCAGUUUGCACAUGUGUGCUUCAGAAUUCCUUGGUCUGCACCCCCCACAAUGGUAAUGUCUAUUUCAUCACGGGUGCUUCUGAGGAUUUGAAUGGAAGGUCGCUUUUAAAGCUGAGGAAUGGAAGUGCAAUCACUUACAAGGAGCACUUUGCAAAGCGCAGGAAUAGCAUCCAAUUGCUUUUUGAUCAAGAACCAUUACUUGAAGGGAGACAUAUUUUUCCAGUGCACAAUUUUCUUAACAGAUGCAGAACAAAAAAGGAGAAAGAAUCGAAGAAUGCACAUGUAGAUUUGCCUCCUGAACUUUGUGACAUAAUUUUAUCUCCAGUAUCAAUCAGCACUCUUUAUUCUUAUACAUUUAUCCCAUCAAUAAUGCAUCGACUAGAGUCCCUACUUAUUGCUGUCAACUUAAAGAAGAUGCAUUCGGAUCAUUGCAUGCAAAAUGUUGAUAUUCCAGCCAUGAAGGUAUUGGAAGCAAUUACCACAAAGAAGUGCCAAGAGAAAUUUCAUUUGGAAUCCUUAGAAACUCUCGGAGAUUCUUUUCUUAAAUAUGCUGCAAGCCAGCAGCUAUUUAAACUUUAUCAAAAUCAUCAUGAGGGCCUUCUUAGUAUGAAGAAGGAAAAAAUUAUUUCUAAUGCUGCACUCUGUAGGCGUGGAUGUGACCACAAACUUCCGGGGUUUAUCCGCAAUGAAUCUUUUGAUCCAAAACUCUGGAUGAUUCCUGGUGACAAGUGUGGAAGCGAUUUGUUAAGUGAGGAGCCACUUUCUGAGUGCAGAAAAAUUUACGUCAGGGGAAGAAGAAAGGUAAAAAGUAAGACAGUUGCUGAUGUUGUCGAGGCACUCAUUGGGGCAUACCUUAGUACAGGUGGUGAAGUACUGGCCUUAUUUUUCAUGGAUUGGAUUGGUAUAAAGGUGGAUUUCAUGAUUGUACCGUACGAGAGGCACUUCCAAUUGCAGGCAGAGAAGUUUGUUAAUGUUCGCUACUUAGAGUCACUGUUAAACUAUUCAUUUCGUGACCCUUCUCUGUUAGUAGAGGCAUUGACCCAUGGUUCUUACAUGCUUCCUGAGAUCCCAAGUUGUUAUCAGCGACUGGAAUUUCUUGGAGACGCUGUGCUAGAUUAUCUCAUCACGAUGCAUUUGUACAAGGAAUAUCCCGGGAUGUCACCAGGACUGUUAACUGACCUGAGGUCUGCUUCUGUAAACAAUGACUGUUAUGCACAAUCAGCUGUUAAGGGGGACUUGCACAAACACAUUCUUCAUACCUCACAAGACCUUCACAAGCAUAUAGUCGAAACUGCUGAAAUUUUUCAGAAAUCUUCUUUAGGAUCAACAUUCGGAUGGGAAUCUGAGACAUCUUUCCCCAAGGUACUUGGAGAUGUUAUAGAGUCUCUAGCAGGGGCUAUUCUUGUAGAUUCAGGAUACAACAAGGAGAUAGUCUUUCAAAGUAUAAGACCACUUUUGGAGCCUUUAAUUACGCCUGCGACAGUAAGACUCCAUCCUGCAAGAGAAUUGAGCGAAUUAUGUCAAAAGCAACAUUUUGAUUACAAGAAAUCCGUUGUUUCCUACAACGGCAGGAAUGCUUCCAUUACAAUAGUGGUUGGGGCUAAUGGUGUGACAUUCAAACACACAGCCACAGCUGCAGAUAAGAAGACAGCCAAAAAAUUAGCUUCUAAAGAAGUCUUGAAGUCCCUGAAGGAAAGUAAUUUUGCGUCUAGUAGUACCCCAAGCAAACUUGAUUAAACCAUCUCUCAUUGGGAAUUUUGAGUUUGCAUCAAGUUGGAUGUCUGCUCUGGUAUAGGUGUGUGACUAUAAAGUAGUUUGUAUAUUUUAUGUUAGGAAAGGUGUAUUCACGUAGAAAUUUAUACAUAAGAGCCUUACAAACAGUUUGACAAGUGAUGUAUGAUGCGUUCACUCGCCAUUCAAGUAACUUACAGAAACAUUGCAUUAAUGCUAUUUCUAUUUGAAGAUAUUUUGAAA